GCAAGCGUUUAGCUUGAAGUCACUGAAGCAUGCCUUGAACAGCCAGAGCGACGUCGGGCAUGAAAAAAGUUAGCGAACAAGGUCACACCAGACCAAUUUCUUGACUCACACACCCCGCGUGUCGCCGAAUGCACUAUGGCUUUUAUCCCAUCAUUCCGAGUCUAGUAGCAGGAUCAGUCCAAUAUUAUCCGCCACUUCAAAUAAAAUCAGUACCAAAAGAAAUCAUCAUGUCGACCCCACCACACGCCCACCAUCAUAGGCUUGCCCGAUGGCCUUCUUGGGCGAGUCGCUGGCUUGGCUAUCGAUCUUCACCGCCUCCUGUACACUCGAAAUAUAUUGUAUGGAUGUGGACACUCAUAGGCGCAUUCUGCGGCAUUUCAGUCAUACAAGCCGUGUUCAGCAAUGCCAAUUACUUCUUAGAAAGGGGUGUGCCGUCAAUCGUGGCGAGUUAUGGGGCCUCUGCUGUUUUGAUCUACGGUGUAAUCGAAGCACCGCUGGCACAGCCCAGAGCACUUGUUGGAGGUCAUUUCAUCGGAGCGCUCGUCGGUGUUUGCAUCACAAAACUAUUCCGUCUUCUUCCCACAGAAGCGCGUUACCAACAGCUUCAAUGGCUUGCUGGUUCUUUGUCCUGUGCUACUGCCACUGUAGCUAUGCAGAUGACCUCCACGGUACAUCCUCCUGCAGGAGCUACGGCUCUAUUGGCCGCUGUCAAUCAGGAAACUCUCGAGUUGGGCUGGUACUACCUUCCCGUCGUGUUACUCUCAUCGGCUCUCGCAUUAGCCGUAGCUCUGCUCGUUAAUAAUAUCCAACGUCGUUAUCCGGUGUUCUGGAUAGAGCCCGUUGUGGCACCUAUUUCGAAGCCUUCUCCUGCGUUAGGGGGGCCCGAGGUGAAAGACACCCCAACUUCGUCAGAGCGGGGAAGUCCUAAAGAGCUACUUCCAGUUUAGCGGCUACGAUCCAAUGUUUGUCUUGCGGCGUAUACUUACAGAGCACAAAGGGAUCGUUCGCGCUUACUAUUAUAUCAAAAUGCCGCUACUCCGUUAAUUUCUGGUCACAGAUAGGAAUUUCCUUUAAAGUAAUGUCCUUGAGGCCUUUCUAUAAUGAGUUGGUUGCAGCAUUAGCACGAGGUUUCUGGAAUGACCCUCUACCCUAUGUAUCCUCGAGGCAAAAUCACUCCGAUUUGCGCUUUGCACCCCACGCCCAGUCCCCGUGUUGACCGUUCAUCUCGCGAAAGGUGGCAUGUGCACAACUAAAAUCACUACAUUUGGCUAGAGUGAGAUAACCCGCUAAUUUUGAAGUGUCUUCACUG